GGCUCGUAUCGUAUGCGAUCCUGCUGCUGUCUGUGGCAUCAGGCCGGUCAGAAGAGGGGCGGGGGGGCGCACGGGUGGAUUUUAUCUCCCCAUUUGAUCCGCAUUUUCGGUGUCAUCAUGGCACAACCGUGUAAAACCUCCAAAAUGUGGGCUUUGGUUUAGUUUGCGCGUCGCGAACUUGAUUUUUUUGCGCAUUAACGCGCGCUGCCUUGGAGAUGCGCUUUUGCGCGUGGAGAUCCCGGAUACUCCUCGUGUCUUCGACGGAUUACCGGUGAAAGAUCAACUGGGAUCGCGUUUAAAUUUGGUCGGCUUGAUAUUUAUUUCGUCCUUGGAGCGAUUGGGGACGAUUGUGUCUCCCGUUUUGUAUUUUCAUGACCGGUUUUGUAUUUUGCUGCGCGAUGUAUAUGGAUAAAACCAGUGUGCUCCGGGGCCCGUCCGUGUCCAGUCCGCGGCUCCUAACCAAGAGUCUAUCCCUUGAGCCAGGCCCCUGCCUCGGAGCCCACGAGACCCCACAGCGACUCUGCUCGGACCCCGGACCCCUGGAAUCACAGCAAUGCAAUGGCACAAGUGAAAAUGGGCCACAAGAUGUCCCCCCGCUUCCCCCUAAAACAAGACCACCUUUACCUGGGCCAAAACCUCAAGUGCCCCCGAAACCACCUCAUCUACAGCAGCAGACCGCUCGACGACCACGCCCCCCAGACAAGCCCCUCCCUCCACCACCCUGCCGCCCACUCCCCGCUGAUCCCCGCCAAUCACGCGCCACCUUACCGAGAGCAGAGGGAAGCUCCUCCCCCGCUUGUGUUCUCUCGCUUAUCGAGAAGUUUGAGAGGGAGCAGAUCAUCGUGGUACCAGACAUCACAGGGGGGGGAGUGAUGUGUACCCCUCGAGUCCCUGAAUCGCAAGAUGCUGCUCGAGCACUUAGCCCUCCGGCCUCAGAGUUCAUCCUGCCCUGCACGUCUCUGGAGACUCCGCCCUUACCUGAGGAAGAGACGGAGAAAGUCGAAAAGGAGGAGGGAGAGGUGGACGGAACCGAAGAGGACGACAGCGAACUCGGACCGUCGUGUUCAGAAAAGCGUCUCUCUAUGGAAUCAGGCUACGGUGCCUCUGAUAAACUCCUGGACGCCUUGGAAAUGAGGGACCUGACUGCCAACCAAUCAGAAAUCCCCUCGGAACGCUUGUCCCUCCCGACGUCCCAGAUGGAUGGGAAGCUGGCCAAUAGGGAUAGCGGUAUUGACAGCAUCAGUUCACCCUCGCACAGCGAGGAAUUAUGUUUUGUUGGGGAUGAAGAUCGGGUCGGGCACGAGAGAGAGAUGUACCCGUGCAGUCCGGUACCCGGUCUCUCCUGUGGGUAUGCGGAGGGGCCCGGAGGUGAGGGAGCCGGUGGUGCGGAGGGUAGCAGGGACUCGGAAGGAGACAGUGAUUUGGAAGAAGGAAGCGGAGAUGAAAGUGAGAUGAACCCUAUGGCCCUGCAGCCUCUUCCUAAGACCGAAAGACAAGACUCAACCGAGAUGUCGGUCCAGCAGCGGGUUUUUAAUAUAGCCAAUGAGCUCCUUCACACCGAGAAGGCUUACGUGUCCAGACUGCAUCUUCUGGACCAGGUGUUCUGCGCUCAGCUCAUGGAAGAAGCCCGAGCACGCGGCUCCAUCCCUUGUGAGGUGGUCAUGGGCAUCUUCUCCAACAUCUGCUCCAUCUACUGCUUCCACCAGCAGUUCCUGCUGCCUGCAUUGGAGAAACGCAUGGAGGAAUGGGAUCUGAACCCUCGCAUCGGGGACAUCCUACAGAAACUGGCUCCUUUCCUGAAGAUGUAUGGAGAGUAUGUGAAGAAUUUCGACAGGGCUAUGGAGCUGGUCAACAGCUGGAUGCAGCGUAGCGCUCAGUUUAAAGCCAUCGUUCAUAACAUACAGAAAGAGGAGAUGUGUGGGAAUCUCACCCUACAGCACCACAUGUUGGAGCCGGUGCAGAGAAUCCCUCGAUACGAGCUUCUGCUCAAAGACUAUCUGCACCGUCUGCCAGAGGACGCGGACGACUUCAAAGACGCUCAGAAAUCUCUGGAGCUGAUCGCCACAGCGGCGGAGCAUUCGAAUGCUGCCAUCAGGAAGAUGGAACGCAUGAGAAAGCUAUUGAAGGUGUACGAGUUGCUCGGUGGAGAAGAGGACAUUGUUAACCCAACUAAUGAGCUCAUAAAAGAGGGACACAUCCUUAAGUUAUCGGCCAAGAAUGGGACAUCACAGGACAGAUACCUUAUUUUGUUUAAUGACAGGUUACUGUACUGCGUCCCCAAACUGAGGCUGAUUGGACAGAAGUUUGGCGUCCGAGCGCGGAUCGAUGUAGACGGAAUGGAGCUGAAAGAGACCAGCAGCCUGAACGUACCUCGGACGUUUCUAGUGUCCGGAAAACAGCGUUCCCUGGAGCUGCAGGCGAGAACGGAGGAAGAAAAGAGAGAUUGGAUUCAGGCAAUCCAAGCCACUAUACAGAGACACGAGCAGACGCUGGAGACCUUCCGCAUGCUCAACUGCUCAUUUCGUGAGGAGGAUUUCACGCCGCCCCACUCUCCGAACUGCACGGAGCUUGGAAAGCGAGCGCCCACUCCAAUCCGGGAGAAAGAGGUGACGCUGUGCAUGAAGUGUCAGGAGCCGUUCAACUCCAUCACCAAAAGACGACAUCACUGCAAAGCCUGCGGACACGUGGUGUGUGGAAAGUGUUCGGAGUUUCGUGCCCGUCUGCUGUACGACAACAACCGAGCCAAUCGCGUGUGUAUAGACUGCUACACCACGCUCGUGGGUGUCCCUCCGUCUCCGGCCACUUUAAGCAGCAGCGCGCACAGACGUCGCUCUAUUCUGGAGAAACAGGCGUCUGUAGCAGCCGAAAACAGCGUGCUGUGUAGUUUCCUGCAUCACAUGGAGAAAGGGAGCGGUCGCGGAUGGCAAAAGGCUUGGUUUGUCAUUCCUGAUAAUGAACCACUGGUGCUGUAUAUCUAUGGUGCUCCGCAGGACGUUAAAGCCCAGCGCAGUAUUCCCCUCAUCGGUUUCGAGGUGUCUCCACCCGAGUCAGGUGACCGCCUUGAACGUCGCUAUGCCUUCAAAAUCAGUCAGAGUCAUUUGACGGUUUACUUCAGCGCAGACAGCGAGGAGCUACAGCGACGCUGGAUGGAGGUCUUGUUGAGGGCCGGUAGGGGCGAGGAGCUGCAGUCAAACGGUCCGAUUUCCGAGGCCCUCGAGGAAGAGCUGGAGGAGGCGGCGUUCGCGGGAGAAAGCACAUGAUUUGGCUGAAAAAUCCGAUAUGGUUUUGCACACGCAAACUGUACAAAUGUGACCACAACGUCAGGAUAUAAUAGACAAAAAACACACAUAUACCUUCUCGCUAACACACAUCUGUAUUAAUUGUCAGUUGCAUGAAAUAUCUACAGUACGUUUCUCAGUGUAUUGCUCAUCUUGUGUGAGUGAUUAUUAGUGUUUGGAACAAUCUGACAAAAGCGUGCACACUUUAAAGACGACUUAUGUGAUCAUGUGCAUCCACCACUAGCAGUUUCUAUGUUAAAUCAGUCAUUUCUGCCGAAUCUUAAGGUGCUGUGAAGUGGUUCCUUCUUACUCUGUAUGUCAAAAAAAGGUGGAAGUGAAUGGUUUCAUGAAAGGUUUAGGUACUAAGAGUUUUUCAAAAGGUUUAGACAUGGUUUAAUACCCAUCAUACUUAAUCAAAAGCAGUUUAAAGACCAACAUGUAAUACAAACUGAUUUGGUUCAUUUUAAGCAUAGCAAAUGAUAAAUUCAGCCAAUAGUUAUGGAAAUAAUCCACUUGGUGGUAAGAGGAUCAAAUAUUGGAUUUCUCAUUACAUAUGAAAAACUGGAUUGUGCAGUAAAGGGUGAUUUGUUGAAGGUUUGGCCACAUGAAUUCAUGUUCAGCUAUGCAAGCCUGCGUGGUUAUUGUGUGCAUAUGGUGAUCAGAAACAGAAGUGGUGUUUGAACAAAAAUAACAAGCGGAGAGCAAACCCAAAUUUAUUCUGCCCCCUUGUGAACAUUAAUUCAAGACGGAUGUGGUCACUUCUGCUUAAAAUGUAUUUCGAGAAGGAAAACACGUGUAGCAAAAAUGUCUAAAUUUAAGGAAAUAACAGGGCUCUCCCGACAUUUAUAAGAGAGAUUCAAUCCUGUUCUCCGAGUGUGCACAAUGGUUUUAUGGAUGAAGUGGUGUUUCGAGUAUUUGAUAAGACUGUGGAUAAUAUAUAAAUAACAUUUUAGGUCAUGAGGGUAUGUAUGAAUUGGGCUAGUUGUAAAUUCAAUGAUAUCCCUGCCUUACCUAGAUGGUUUUUGAUAAAUAUAGAAUAUAUAAUUAUAUAUAUAUAUAUAAGACAUGGUCAAGGUUUUGAUGAGGCUAUAAAAUGUUUUGAACAGUGUUGUAUUUGUGUAUGAAUCGUGCAAAGGGUUAAAGGACAAUUUCAUUUGUAAAUAUAACUUAUUCCUCUGAGCCCAGUUUUUUUGGGUUAGAUAUUUGUCAAUGAGCUCAGUGUUUGUUAGGUGCAGUUUUAAAUGGACUCGCGAGCAUUGUGGUAAAUUCCAGGUAAAGAAAAGCGUAGGAUAAGUCCUCUCUUUUGUACUGCUUAUUAUUCAAGAAGUUGUGGUGUUUUGGAAAAGGUCGUUUUCUUCUUUGAAUCCGGUUUCUAAAAUGUAUUUGCCAAUGUGAACACUUAAUGACUGAUCUGAUUCAUAACUGCGUUAAUUAUUUUGUGUUUGAUAUUGCUUUAAUCUGGCUCUUUGUUAAUUCUAAAGUGAACCGGUCGGUGUAUAUUUCCACAUCACCAGCCUGUCUGUCGUUUCCUUGGAAAUAAGGAAAUUGUGAAUUGUGCCGGAGAGCUUGUGAUGAAUUUUUGACUGUUGAUGGUUUAGUACAGUCGAUAGCUUUUGGGACAGGACUGUGUGUUAACUUGCAUAUGUUUACGAUUUGUACCAGUCAUUCCCACAUCCUCAGCUGAGCCUGCCUGUCAUUCACUUUUUACACACACACACAUUCUCAUCUUACAGCUUUUUCUUCAUGUUAUCCUGCCUUAUGAUAGAGUAUGUUGCCAUCCUGUGGUUAUUUUUCACAAUUGCUUUUUGCCAAAGUAUACAGCAGAAUUUUAUGUGUGUUUUGUUUUGUCUGUGAUCGUUACAGUUGUAUUUUGUUUUAGUUUUUUACUUACAAGUAUUUAUUGUCUUUUUGUACUCUUUGAGGUAAUUGUAGUGAGGCUUGUAAAAUUAUGAAGUGUCAACUAUAACUACCAAAAGAUGAAUAUUACCAAAAUACUAGGAAUGCACCGAUAUAUCGGCCUGCAAUCGAUAUCGGCAGAUAAAAGCAUUUCAGCUGAUUAAUAGCCGAUUAUCAGGGCAGAUUAUAUCCUGCUAAUCUGUAGAUGUCUUUGUAAGUAAUCAAAUAUCAAGAAAUGUUGUAUCGGUGCAUUCCUAUAAAAUACAAACUAAAUAUACACUCUAAAAAAUUUGCUGUAAUUUUGCAGCUGGUUGCCAGUAACUUACUGUAGAAGAUAAAGUCAAAAAAUGUUUCAUGUUCAUUUAACUUUGAACAAAAUGUUGCCAGUAAAUAACAUAAAUGUAAAAUCUACAGUAAGUUACUGGCAGCUAGUUGCCAAUAAUACCCAUUAAUACUGUAAUUUCUACAGACAUUUUUUACAGUGUACCAUAUGAACAUUUUUGGGAGAUUAAAGCAUUUCUGUUUACUUUCAGAUUAAACACAAUAAAUGGACAUUAAUGCAUUCGAUUUUGAUCUUUAAACUAAGCCUCUUCAAUCUUGCAUUGUCCAAUUUGUUUAUACUAGUUUAACAACUACACUUAUUGAAAGGUUCAUUUAUGCUUGCAAUUUACUAAAUACUACAAAAUUACAAAUUCAUAGAGACUGUAGUUGGGUAGAUGAACAAUUGUGCAUUUUUAUGCACAUUUGUCAGAUCAAUCUUAUAGGCGUCUUUGAUCUGACAUGAAGUGAAGAAACAGAGGUGCUAUUUUGUUUGUUUAAUCAAGGGAUUAGCUUUGUGUUUAUAAAAACACAAUGACGUGAUGGGAUCAGGAUUUAAUUUUCCUGCAUAUCGUUGUAUCUGAAUAAACAGGCUAGGUAGUGUGAUAUUUAACGUGGAUUGGUAAUGGUACUGUUUUAAGGACUAUUUACAUUGCAUUUUGGCAGAAUUCGAACAUUUACAAUUAGUAAGAAAUGUCCAUUUGGGAGAAACUAUUUCGUCUGUAUGGUGCAAAGCAGACGGAUGUUAGUUUGUAUAUAUUGUAUAUUUGUGUUCAAAUUCACAUACCGAACGUUUCCAUGAAUAGCACAGCCCGUUGAUAAUGUUUUUACACCUGGGCUUUUAACUUGAGUAUUAUAAUCUUGUUCAUUUUUUGCAUCAGAUUAUAAUCUGUCAUGAGUACUUUGAUACAAACCAAACUUUUCGAACCUAUUUAUUGUCAAGCUGGCUUCAUAUGUACAUGCUAGAGAGAGAUAUGUGCUUAUUCUGAGUGUGUGGACAGACCUUUGGUUUGCUUGUAGAUGUUAAUGAUUACCUGCAGCCACCCUGUUAUAAUCUACUAUUCCCCUCCCUUUACUGACAUCAUCACAUCAUGCCAAACCUGAGAUACUGAAGUCAAAUCCUCUGAUCUGUUUUUUGCUGACGGUGAUUUGUGAUGUACGUCUGCAAUGAAUCAGCGGAGUGGAAUUUAUCAAACAUUGCCAGAUAGCCCAAGCUGAACUUUUCAAGGACAGCUAAGACCGUGUAAUUUUGUUUCUUAAGCCUCUCUUCAAUGACCAAAACUUGACUGCAUUACGAGCUUUGAUGUGUUUAUUUUGCAAAGCCUAUUAGCUAAACCAUCACACUAUAUGGCACAAAUAUACAUGCUAUUGUUUUUCCUCAUGAAACCUGGUUUAUUCUACACAUAAUGGGUAUUUACUGUUAUUUCAAGUACUAUUAUAAUUAUUAUUGUUAAUUAAAUUAGUGGCAGGCCACUGGGUACCAUUGUAUGUUAAUAUCCCAAUGAAAUCUGUGCAAGAUCAUGAAAAUGUUUAUGAAAUAAAAUAAUAAAAGAACAA